AGAAAUUGGAAGUGGAUUUAGUUAAUGAAGCCAUGAACAUGAAGGGAAGUCAUGAGCCUCGUUCAACCUCAUCCUGUGCAGCUUGCAAGUUACUGAAAAGAAAGUGCAGCCCCACCUGCAUUUUCGCACCAUAUUUUCUCCCCGACGAGCCCAAAAAGUUUGCCAAAGUUCAUAAAGUGUUUGGAGCAAGCAAUGUGAGCAAGAUCCUAACUGAAGUGCCGGAGGAACGACGCGAGGACACGGUGAAUUCGCUGGCUUAUGAGGCAGAGGCAAGGCUGAGAGAUCCGGUUUACGGUUGCAUUGGUGCCAUAGCUAUGUUGCAGAGGAAGAUGAUUGAGCUGCAACAUGAUCUGGCUAUUGCUAGAGCCCGUCUUGCUUGUUAUGCUUCCAAUUCUUUAUCAUCAUCGUCACCAACAGCUUCUGCUUCUUCUUGUUAUGGUGUCUUGGAUGAUCAGCUCAGCGAGGCUGCUUUAAGUGCGGUUGGCUUUCCUGCCUGCAGCGGAUUUAGUAAUAGUUUCAUGAGCCAGAGUGCACCUGAACUGAACAGCCAUAGCCAGCAUGGACAAACUAGUGAUUUUAGCUGCGCCCCAUAUAUACUGUGAAUUUUAUUAUGAUCUCUUUGUGUCUCCAUCUGUGAUGGUAAUUUGGGAAUAUGUGGCCUUAAUUUGUGAUUAUAAUAAAGUAAUGGGAUCGGUGAGAAUUUAAAGCAAAGGGAGGGGCAGCAUAUUUAUUUUCAGCUCAGCCUCCUAGUUUGAGAACCCAAUUCGUGUCACAGAACACUUGCCUUUAGAUUGUUUUCCAAGAAUGAAUUGUGAUUAGUAGAAUAGAAUGCAAAAGUAGCUGUUGGUGCUUCUA